AUGGAUGAGGAUUUUCCUGCUCUACCGACUGCUCAGAAGCCCACAACUCCUCUCACUAUCAAUGACAGUGUUGAUGGUGGUGGUGGGUUGCGUGCUGCUGCUAAUGCUCCCAAUCCGACUUCUUCCUCCUCCUCCUCCUCCACCACCACCACCACCGUCUCCACAUCCUGCAACGUUCCCUUCUCCAAUUCAUCCACAUCAUCAACUACUGCUGCAUCAGCCGAGACCGCGCAUGACAGCCAAUCAGAUCAUCAAAUACACUGUGCACACAGCGACACCACGUCCUCCACAGGGGCGAAUUCUACAAGGCCUGUCCAAUUCUUCGACAAUCAUUACAUCAGAGGCAUUCCCAACGACAUGGUGCAAAACCAGUUUGGAAUGCUUGGUCUGCUUAAGCUCACGGAAAUCGAGUCGCCUCUAGCCGCGUUCGCACCAGGAUUCGAUCUCAGCAAGACAGACUUCGAAAACUGGCCUCCACCUGGCGAAAUGCACAACAUCAUGGCCUCGCCUUUGUCCAACCAGUUCAUGCUGCCACCGCAUGACACGGAUUGGCAUGUACCUGCAGCCUACCGAAUCCGCCAUCGGAUUGCGGAUCGUCUUCCUGCUGAUCCUCCACUGGCCAAACUCACCGAUGCAAUCCUCUUUUGGAUAUUCUACAACUGCUGUCGUGAGGAGGUUCAACUCGUCGCUGCCAAGGAGCUAUACAAUCGCAAGUGGCGCUAUCACAAGAGGAAGAAGCGGUGGCUCACUCGUGUGCCUGGCAGCGAUGUGAUGCGAGACGACACAUCGGAGCAGAGCACGUACUACCUCUGGGAACCGCUGGACUCGGCAAAGGUGCUUCGACAAAUGACCAUCCAGCACUCCGACUUGGACCACACACCCACCACCUACCAACUGUCCUCCCCCACUCUCAACGCCACAGUGCAGCCCAUUCCCCCGAUCCGCCAUCACGACCACCACCGCCAACAACGACAACAAGAGCCACAGCAACAACAGCAGCAGCAGCAGCACAAGUAG